GUUUAAACGCUCUAAACGGUAAUUAGCUGCAUCGGCCAUUGUACGCCCUUUGUCAUGAACUCUGCAGUAGUUAUUUAUUUUGCUGACAUUUGAUGGAUUAAUGGAAAUUGUUUCAUUUACGGAUCAUCGGUCGUAUUGAAUAAUUUCUGUUUCCUGCUCACCCUUGAACUUGAUGCAGUACCAAUGACGGCGCCCCGUCAGCGUUUUCGUCCAUCACAAGUCAACCUCGUCAAAUACUCCAGUUCACGGGAAUUUGGUAGUUCCUUUCAUCAAGGGCAUCAGUUUGCUUCUGACUUAGUCACUUCUCAACGUGCUUUGAAACCAGUGCUCGCAGAAACCUCUCCAAACAGCCGUUCGACAUAUUUACUGCGGUUAAAUACUACAAACAAAUUUCUCGCUGCGGCUCACGGUGACCGUUCAGUCACAAUUUAUUGUGUGCAAACGGGAAGGGUUCUUGCAAAGUGCGUGGGUCAUGAACGCUCUCCUUGGACCCUGGUGUUUCAUCCAACGCAGCCUUUCGUACUCGCAAGCGGCUGUCUGGGCGGCGAUGUUCGACUGUGGGAUUUGGAAGUACUCGCGAAUAUCGAAAGGGCCGAGGACAUUGAUCAGCCACAUUCCAUUUGCUGCACGAGAAUUUGGAAGCACUCUGGUGCAGUCUCAUCCAUCGCUUUCCAUCCGUCUCAUACCAUAUUAGUAGUGGCAUGCACUCAGGAGGUCGUCUUCUAUGACUGGGUAUCGGGUUCCAAACUCUCUGUAUGGCGUUUUGUCUCCAAUUACUCUCGCGUUCGAUGGGUGAAGUUCAGUCCGGAUGGAAAUCUUUUGUAUACUGCGACCGCAAAUCCAUCAGCAGCUAAUCCUCCGAGUUCCGGAAGGCUACCUGUUGCUAACAGCGACAAUAUUCAUUCUCGAUCAGCGUCGUUGUCAUCGCCUCAUGGUGAAUCUGACGAGACGGAUCCCGCCCACCUGGAUCGUCUUCGUCUUCCUCGUACAGUAACGGAUCCUUUUGUCAUUCCUCUCGAUUCCUUAUUGGAAUUUCUCAUUAGACAGCCAGAUUCUUGGUUCCACGAAAUCGGUGUGUGUGAGAUAUGCUCCAUCCGAUUAUGUCGAUGGGCUGGGACGUUGGGACCACGACAUCGAACUUCCACGCCGGACCUCCGACAGGGUACAUACGUAGCCGCGCAAAUCGCCCAAAGUGUCGCGAACGAGUUCCGUCUUGCCGGAUUUCCUCCGUCUAACAUGUUACAGGAACUCAUAUCUCCGUCUUCAAACACACUUCAGCAGAUUCAAUCCGACGCUAGCCCAUCGGCAGUCGCGAUCAUCGAAGAUAUGCCCGUUCGUGAAUUCUUAUUGUCACGUGGUAAUUAUUGUACAAGGCCACCAACCAUCCUUUCGGAUGGAGGACUGUGUUGUGGUGGACAUGCUUGCGACUUGGUCCUUAUGCAUCGUGAACUAAUGAGACAUUCUCUGUGCCGAUCUUGUCUGUCGUCCUUCUGGAAAUGGGCAAGUCCUCGUGUCACUUGGUGGCAAUGGUCCAAUGGUUGUUCAGCUACCCAUUCCAUAUGUCGCUCCCCUUAUUCCUCGAGCACCACCAUACAGCCAAUGGAAGACGAACCUUGUUUCGAGAUCUCAAACCAGAUUGGGACGACGACUGACGUUCCGGACACAGCGCGCACAGAAAAUCCUCUCCCUGUUGAACCCCCUGUAGGCGUUUGCGUCCGCUGCCAAGCUGGUGUGGGCCCUCUACAAAAUCCUCCGUUUUCAACCGAGGCUGUAGAUUCACCUCGAUCAUCUCGAAACGCAGAUGCCUCGACCCAUGAAGGAGCGCUUCCACUAGCCGCGUUGGAGUUGCUACGGUCCAGGCUGAGCAAUGCCCACGAGGUCACUGCGGUCACAUAUAUGGCCCCAGAUUUGAUCAGCGAUGGCCCAGUAACUGAGUUUAUUCGUCAAUCCCUGCGCUCCGCAACGACUAUGCCUUCCACAGCCGGUCUUCCACAGUGUGUGGUUACUUUGCUACGACGCGCUACCUCAAUGCAUUCAGGGAACGCCAAUUCACCGCAACCGAAGCGUCGACGAAUGGAAAGUUCCGCACCGUUUGGGGAAUCGGAUUCUUUUCCACAUGAUAUGCCAUCCUGUUCCUGGUCGAGGGGCAGUGCAUCCAAUGCAGCGUCUCCCAUGAACCCUCUCAGGAACUCUCUCACUACUGAGAUCGACGAAUCUAGAUUACAUGUCAAUGACACCUCACCAGAUUCACGCACAGUUCCUAGCUUGCCAGAUGAAGCUGCUGUGUUUGGUCGACUACUUUCGCGUUGUUCCAUUUGUCCUUGGAAUCUCCCACGACCGGCUCGUGUGAUUUCUCAGUCCUCUGUUACGACAUCUUCGCCUCCGAAGCUGCAGCUGUUUCCGUUUGUGGAUGCGGGUACUCGACUGCUGCGUCCUGUUUCCCGCUCCGCCUCACGUGGGUCGAACAGCAUGGACUGUGUUACGACGGAUGCGCCGUUCGAUCCUGAAUCGGUAACUCCACUCCCCGGACGCGAGGCUGAUCAGUCUUACGAUACUGAUGGAGAUCCCAGACUGUCGGUGACUGCGUGCUGUCGUUGUGGCCACAUCGUCCCACGAACGUUUCCAGUUGAUCCCGAAUCUCGAUUAAGUGCUGCGGUUUGUGAAAACUUCGUUCUCCCAGGUGUUCAGUACAAUCCUGUCAGCAAUCACCCGAACGAGAGAAGGCGCAUGCGCGUUCCAAGCGGGCCUUCGUUAACCUCUGCCUCACAUUGGGAUACAAGGAUGACGCAACAUCCGAUGGACCCACCGUCUCCACCCAGAAGUCCCGGCAGGAGGGGUGGUAUAAUGUAUCUGGUCAAUCGAACAAACGCUGACUCUAUGCUGAACGCAAUCCAUCGGAGUAUUACCGAGGUUAUCUCGGGCCUUUUUGUAGACAUGGGAGAACACGGAUCGGCAAACAGUUUAGAGGACACAACUUACCGCAUAUGCCGUUGGGAACUCAACUUCUGCAACUCCGUCUCAACUAAGCACUCAGCUUAUUCGUUCAAGGAUACCGAGACCUAUACAAACUUCUGUGAAUCUUCUUCCAUCCUUCCGAUGCCUGCUAAUAUUGCAGUCUCUUACAAUGCCAACAGCCUCGUGCUGCCCCAUGCGCGCUUGUUCAACGAUUCUUCCAUCUGUCUCUCCCCCGAUGGUCGUAUGCUAGCAGCCUUCGUCACCCCAAGCGACGGUGACCAACGGUGCGAAUUCCCCCAUUCAUCUGCUAUCAACGACCCCGCAUUUCUUGACACAUUCUUGGCCGUGUAUCGCCUCCAACCCAAAGCCCGACGAGGCCAGUGUCUUUUCUAUCGCCGUUUUGCAUCUCAAACUCCGGUGUGUCUGGACUUCUCUCCUCUGUGUGACUUCUUGGUUGUCGGGAUGGCAACCACUCGUCUACCAUCGGAAACUUUACCUCCAGCCUCCCUAAGACGACUGCCUACUGUAGAAACUUUGCCACCUCCCUCUGGACGAGUGGAGUCUCAUUAUCCUUCCGCUGGAGAUUUGCUGCCAAAAAGACACACCUGUGUGGGUGAGUUAACAACAAGGUUAUACACUAAGAUAUAUGAUUUGGUAUACUUCCCGAUAAGCAGUCACAUGAGUAUGUGCAUGGUAGAUGGUUUUUAA